AUGUUAUAUUUUAAACUAAUAAUUGUUAAACCACUAAUAGUAUCAAUUCCUGCAACGUCUACAGUAUCAGCUCCUUCAAACAAAAUUGGAAAACCUAAAAACAACCUCGCCGUAACCCGAUUUUUGUUGCCGCAACCUCGCCGGAGCACGAUUUCGCGAACCCUAGCGCCGUCUUCUUCUUCAUCUUCACACUUCAACUCAGGAACUUUUGGGAAGACACAGUCACUAACCUUUGCAUCAAAUUCGGUUGAAGUUGUUCAUACUGGUGCGGCGUUGCAUUGCUGGUCAUCUCCCUUCAAUAUCUUUGAUGCAUUGGUUGCAUCGCUUCCAAUAUCUGAGACAGGUGAAGAAGCACAGCUUAAGAGGAUUGCAGAACUACAAGCUGAAAAUGAUGCAAUAUGCCAAGAACUUCAGAAGCAAUUGGAAGCUGCAGGGCAUACAAGAAGCAAUCUAUUUUCAACCUUUUUGGAUUGUGGGGGGAAAGCAAGAAAGCAUCAAUAGAAGCUCAGGUUCAUCUUUGUUUUUCUAUUUUCAACCUUUUGGAAAUAACAAGAUUACUCAUAGGAGAUUUUCAUAUCAUUAUUGCAAUAUAUAAAUAUAUAUAAACUACCGAAGAUAUAUAGCUCUAGCCUUUAAAAGAACCUAUGAAUUGUUUUGAACAUUGAGACUUAUAACUUCAUCAUUACCACCUAUGAAUUGUUGUCCUAUGAGAACUGCCGGUACACUUGGUCUGCAACCAAGCUGGAUAUUAUUGAGUCUGAUUUUGCAUUAAAUUUCUUGUGGCUGUGAAAUUGACAAGCAACGUCUCUAUUGAAAAGUUUGAAAUAUUUUGAAAGAACUUUACACAUUAGUCAAAAUAUUAAUUAGAUCUCUAUAAAAUUUCAACUUCCUAAUUAGUUAAAUCAAGUAUUAUACCUUGAAAAAUGGAAUUUGAUCCAUUAGUCAAUCCCACUUAGUAAAAACAAAUAAUUGGUUGUUGUUGUUGCAACUAUUAACUUAUGUUUUAUAAACUUAAAUUACAAUCUAACUAAUUUAUUUGGUUCCUGAAAGAAAAUGUAUACGUUCAAUUGAAAUUAUUUGGUAAAAGUGGUUUUAAAAUAUUAUAGAGCUGAUUUAUUUAAUAAGAACUUUGAAUUUGACAAUUAUAAUAUAUCAUAUAUGCUCAAUAAUAUAUUGAAAGGUUAGAAACAUGGACUGAUUAGUCAGUUAGGGAAUCUGAGUCAGUUUGUGGCUAUUUGACAGUUAGGUUAGGAUUGAUUAGUCUCUGGCUUGUUUAUUGAUUCUUGCAUAUAUUAAUAUCUGGCUUAUUUGGAAAUGGCAUGAAUUGUAUAAGAGGUGCCUCACUGUUGGUAUUGUAUUGAACCGAAUAGCAUUGCCUAUGUACCUUGUAUGUUGGCAAUUUUAUUUUAUAUUAUAGUUAUUUAAAUAUAUAUAUUG